AUGCUUCUGCAUGGGGAGUGGGAUCUACUGGGUCGACUGUUGGAUAAGGUUCAGAGCCACUCCACGGUUAUCGGUAAAGUCUGGCUCACGGUUCUGUUCGUGUUCCGCAUCCUGGUUCUGAACACAGCAACAGAGAAGGUUUGGGGUGAUGAACAGUCGGACUUCAUCUGUAACACUCAACAGCCCGGCUGUGAGAACGUCUGCUAUGACAUGGCCUUCCCCAUUUCCCACGUCCGUUUUUGGGUUCUUCAGAUCAUUGCUGUUGCGACUCCAAAGCUACUGUACCUCGGACAUGUGCUUCAUGUGCUUCAUGUUGAGAAAAAGGCGAAGGAGAGGAUGAAGAAGCAGGCGGAGCUGGACGAGCAGGCCUGUAUGUUCCUGAGGAAGGCCUACAAGGUUCCCACCUUCACCAAAGGCAACGGGAGGAUCAGCAUCCGCGGACGCCUCCUCCGAAGCUACGUCCUCCACCUGGUCGGUAAGAUCGUGCUGGAGGCGGCGUUCAUCGUGGGCCAGUACCUCCUGUACGGCUUCACCCUGGAGACCCGCUACGUGUGCUCCCGCUCCCCCUGCCCACAUAAGGUGGACUGUUUCCUGUCCAGACCCACGGAGAAGUCUGUGUUCAUCUGGUUCAUGCUGGUGGCCGCCGUCGUCUCGCUCUUCCUCAGCCUGGUCGAGCUGUUCUAUCUGUUUGUGAAGGCGGUGAAGGAGUGCAUGGCCAGGAGGCAGGACUACACCGUGACCCCCGUGACCCCGCCGCUAUCUGAGAGGAGGGCCUACAAAAGCCGGGACGCCGUCAUUCAGAACUGUGUCAACCUGGAGCUGGAGCUUCAAGGACGGAAGGGGGCUGGGUGGGGCACGGCGCCGGUCAAUGAGGUCGCCAAGAACGUUUCACCAGAAAACAACAGAAUUGGACAGAUCUUCAUCUGA